AUGCAUAUCACCUCUGUUUUCACUGCUGCGGCUCUGCUUGUAGCCCAGGCUUCGGCUCAUGGUGCGGUGACUAGCUAUGUGAUAGAUGGGAAGACAUACCCUGGGUACACUCAUUCUCCCCUGCAUCCACAGCUUUUCUAAACAAUCUAACAAGAGGAUUUUGACAGAUACACCGGUUUCUCCCCUUCCUCAUCCCCGGACUCAAUCCAACGCCAAUGGCCGGACUACAACCCAACAAUGACAGUAACCGACAAAAAGGUCCUAUGUAACGGCGGUACCUCCGCCAAACUCACGGCCUCCAUCGCAGCAGGUUCGUCCAUAACCGCCAAAUGGUCACAAUGGACACAUGAACAAGGACCCGUGAUGGUCUGGCUCUUCAAAUGCGCGGGAGACUUCGCUUCCUGCUCAGGCUCUGGGAAGGGCUGGUUCAAAAUUGACCAAAUGGGCAUGACUGCCCCUCCACUAACGGGAAAGAGUUGGGGGACUGCAAAGGUUUUAAAGGAUUUGGCGUGGACUAGUAAGAUUCCGGCGAAGUUGACACCGGGGAAUUAUCUGAUUCGACAUGAGUUGCUUGCGUUGCAUCAGAGUAAUACACCGCAGUUCUAUGCGGAGUGGUGAGUUUUAUGUUCUUUAUUGAGGUUGCUAGGUUACCGUUUGGCAGGCACUUAAGUCUCUCUUAUUAUCCCAAAGUUAGGAUGGCGGACGGGGAAUCUCUCUUGAAAUUUGACUUCCAUACGAGUCUGUGAUGCUGACUUUGAGAUCUUCUAGUGCCCAAAUUGUCGUUACGGGAAGUGGAACGGAGAAUCCAAGUGCCGAGUUCCUGGCUACUAUUCCUGGCUACGCUUCACAAAACGACCCUGGCAUCAUGGUAUGUUUUGCGGGGAUUUUCUAUCACUGCUGUUUUUGGCACAAGCGUUUUUGCUGAUUUGAGGGUUUCCUCUAGAUUGAUAUUUACUCAAGUAAAGCUACUACAUAUACCCCUCCUGGUCCAGCAGUUUGGGGGGCUUGA